AUGGUUGUGGAAGGUCUGAAUAUUUCGAUUUUGAGGGCUAGAGAGUUGGGAGUCUUCAAGGGGGCUGUUAUUGGGAAUGAUUUGGUAAAAAUGUCACACCUUCAAUUUGCAGAUGACACCAUCUUGUUCUGUGAGGCCAAUCAGGAGGAAAUUCUUUGUAUCAAGAGGUUGCUUCGAUGUUUUGAAGUUGUUUCUGGUCUAAAGAUUAAUUAUAGUAAAAGUUCGGUUAUUGGUGUUGGUGUGGAGGAGGUUUUUCUAGAUCCAGUUGCUGAUAUCCUUAAUUGUUCCAAAGGUGUGCUCCCUAUUUCUUUUUUGGGUCUACCUCUUGGUGCUAGCCCUAGACUUAAAUCAACUUGGGCCCCUAUUGUUAGGAAGUUUAAAGUUAAGCUUGCCAGCUGGAAGAGAAGGCAUUUGUCUUUUGGUGGCAGAUUAUUUUUGAUUAAAUCUGUCUUGAGUAACCUCCCUGUCUAUUACUUAUCUUUGUUUAAGAUCCCUGGAGGAGUUGCUAGAGACUAG